UAUCAAGAACAAAAACAAAUUAUCUUGCCAUUACAAAACUAUUUCCAUCGUUGAAGAUAUAGGCAUAUUAACAGUUUCUAAUUAAAUGACUAGUUCUUUACCUACAAUCAUAUCUAAGCAACCACCAAAUCGUAAUAAAACAAUUGCAAUUUGAUGUACAUUUUGCAGACUCAUUCUAUUAAAUUGGCUAUAUAUCAUGUUAUAGUUGCAGUAAGGAAAACCAGAACAUCAAAAAAAUUUUUGAAGUGGUGAUCCAACUGCACAACUACAUAGUCCGUUCUUCGCUCAGCCAUGGCGAGCUUCAUGGAACCCCGAAUGUGGGUUUUUGUGGCUCUCGUCUCCGCCUUCGCUGUCGCAGCGAAUCCUGACCUCCCACCGUGGGGAUAUUGGAAGCCCGACCUGUAUUACUCACCACCAUAUAUUCCUUAUGUUUACAGCUCACCGCCGCCGCCACCUUACAAGUAUGAAUCCCCUCCGCCACCGCCAUAUAAAUACGAGUCGCCUCCACCUCCGCCUUACAAAUACGAAUCUCCUCCUCCACCGCCAUACAAAUACGAAUCUCCUCCGCCGCCUUACAAAUAUGAGUCACCUCCACCUCCACCUGACAAAUACAAAUCACCACCACCACCUCCUUACAAGUACGAGUCACCUCCGCCACCGCCUUACAAGUACGAGUCACCACCACCACCGCCGUACAAAUACCAGUCACCACCACCACCCCCUUACAAGUAUGAGUCACCUCCACCACCAUCUUAUAAGUAUGAGUCACCUCCACCACCGCCGUACAAAUACAAAUCACCACCGCCUCCUCUGUAUGUUUACAAAUCACCACCUCCGCCACCUUAUAAGUAUGAAUCACCACCACCUCCGCCAUACAAAUAUGAGUCACCACCACCUCCUCCAUAUGUUUACAAAUCACCUCCACCCCCACCAUACAAGUACGAGUCACCUCCACCUCCUCCCUACAUUUACAAGUCUCCUCCACCACCGCCUUAUAAAUAUGAAUCACCUCCGCCUCCACCCUACAAGUACGAGUCUCCACCACCACCACCUUACAAGUAUGAAUCCCCUCCACCACCACCCUACAAAUAUGAAUCACCACCACCACCUCCUUAUGUUUAUAAGUCCCCACCACCACCUUACAAGUAUGAGUCGCCUCCACCCCCACCUUACAAAUACGAAUCACCCCCACCCCCACCAUACAAAUAUGAGUCGCCAUCUCCUCCUCCAUAUGUUUACAAGUCUCCUCCACCACCGCCUUACAAAUAUGAAUCACCUCCACCACCACCGUACAAGUAUGAGUCACCACCACCGCCCCCUUACAAGUAUGAGUCACCACCACCGCCCCCUUAUGUUUACAAGUCUCCACCACCACCUCCUUACAAGUAUGAGUCACCUCCACCCCCACCUUACAAAUACGAGUCACCACCACCACCCCCUUACAAAUAUGAAUCACCUCCUCCCCCACCUUACAAGUAUGAGUCACCACCACCACCCCCUUACAAGUACGAGUCACCACCACCACCUCCUUAUGUCUACAAGUCUCCACCACCACCCCCUUACAAGUAUGAGUCACCUCCGCCUCCACCUUACAAGUAUGAGUCACCACCACCUCCUCCUUAUGUCUACAAGUCUCCACCACCACCACCACCUUACAAGUAUGAGUCACCACCGCCUCCUCCAUAUCUUUACAAAUCCCCACCACCACCUCCUUAUAAAUAUGAGUCACCCCCACCUCCACCCUACAAAUAUGAGUCGCCGCCACCUCCUCCAUAUGUUUACAAGUCUCCUCCACCACCUCCUUACAAAUAUGAAUCACCACCACCUCCUCCCUAUGUCUACAAAUCCCCACCACCGCCACCAUACAAAUACGAGUCUCCUCCACCUCCACCGUACAUUUACAAAUCUCCACCGCCACCUCCUUAUAAAUACGAAUCACCACCACCCCCUCCAUAUAUCUACAAAUCUCCACCACCACCCCCUUAUAAAUACGAAUCACCUCCACCUCCACCUUACAAAUACGAGUCACCACCACCUCCACCUUACCUGUACAAGUCUCCACCACCACCUCCCUAUAAGUAUGAGUCACCCCCACCCCCACCUUACAAAUACAAGUCACCACCACCUCCUCUAUAUGUUUACAUGUCACCACCACCACCAGCAUAUCUUUACACAUCACCACCUCCACCAUAUCACUACUAAUCACCCCACCCUAUACACACCAUCUGAUUAUUUAUCCACAAACCAUCAAGAUUGCAUUAAAUAAACCCUAGUUCUUUGUUUGUUCACUUCAUCAUAAGUAUUGUUAAAAAAUAAGUUCUUUACUCUCUUCUAUUACCCAUAAUGCUCAGCAUCUUGCCAAGAAGGAGUUGCGGACCAAAAAAGAGUCAAAUGAUCCAUGCAUGCCAAUUUCUCUCUUUGAUCUUCAAUGUAUUUUAUGUUUCUUCAUGUACUUUAUAUAUUAAUGGAAAGUUAAUUAUUUUGAACGAUA